UUGAGCUGUCACACGCAUUAACAAGAGUUGCGGAGGUUGUGCGCUCUUUACAGACAACAAACCCUCGUUUUGUAUGUUAAUAACCGUCUAAUAAUGACUUGCAAAGUAUAGGUACUGUAACGGGAUCUGACGUCGUGGAGACUUUGCUCAACUCUAGUCCGCUCAGCUUUUCCAGCUCAUUUACCGGAGCAGAUCUGAAGAUAUGGAAUUUAUAACAAAACGAACAAAGCUAUGGUUAUAUAACUAAACGGACCAGAGCCUCUCAGUUUGUUUGUUUGUUUGUUAGGUUUUUGGGCUUCUCAACCGCAGGAUUUCUGGAACCUCAAGGUAUGCUCCCGCUCUCUGUGCAUGCGUAAAAUCCUAAGAUCUCCAGACGCGUUUUACGCAAAGCGCGUGAAAUGUCCCGUGAUGAACAGCAACAUGGCACUUCUAUUCUCGUGGGGCAAAAUUUCAUAUCGCGGCUGUUAGUCAUGAUACGGUGACAUAUUACCACCAUCGCAGCUCCAGGAUGGUGAACAGCCAGGCCUCCAGCCUGCCUCCCAGCUCCAGGGUGUGUGCUGGCUGCGGGGGAAAGAUCUCAGAGCGCUUCCUGCUCUUCUCCAUGGAUCGCUACUGGCACACGCGCUGCCUCAAGUGCUCGUGCUGCCAGGCCCAUCUGGGGGACAUCGGUUCCUCCUGCUACUCCAAGGGGGGCAUGAUCCUCUGCCGCAGCGACUACCUCAGAUUGUUUGGUCACAGCGGGGCUUGUGGCGCGUGCGGACAGUCCAUCCCGGCCAAUGAGAUGGUGAUGCGGGCACAGGGGGACGUGUUCCACCUCAAGUGUUUCAGCUGUGCAACGUGUCGGAACCGGCUGGUACCGGGGGAUCGCUUCCACUACGUCAACGGAACCAUCUUCUGUGAACACGACCGGCCCGGUAACACUCUGGUCGCUAACCACGAUCGCCCCGGCAACGGACACCUUGGUAACCUGCACCACGAUCGGCCCGGCAACGGCCUCCUCGGCAACCGCCACCACCACGAUCGCCCCGGCAACGGUCUCAUCGGGACCCACCUGCCCCAGCUUCAGAGCAGCUCGGUGCUGACGGACCAGAAGGUUUGUUGAGUGGCACGGGGAACGGCUUGGACACAAAACCGGAAGCGCUUGUUGUGGUCAUGGACUCUCAUCUUCACUCAACUCCGACCUCACCAACCAGAUGGACCACCCUUCAUUUUUUACGACCCCCUUUUGUGCUUGUAGUAGACGUGAAGGAGGGUGUGUUGCUGUGUGUGGACUACAGUCAGAUACGGAUGUUGGGGAGCAACGCAACAUGGGGGCAGACGGACAAGACAACCCAUGAACAUGAACAGACCAAGAAAAAGACUUAUAACUGAAAAAUAUGGCUAGCCAUAAUAGCCAUUCGUGAUCUCAAACUCUCCUGAUCUACAAUGUUGUAUGACUUAUAUUGUAAAUGGUAACCCCUUUUUCAAACAAAUCUAGACAUUUACACGCACAAAUAUACACACAUAAACACGCACACACAUACAUCCAAACACAUACAGUAUAUGUGACAUGAGGAUGUCAAAUAUGAACGAUUGUUUUUUAUGGUAUUUCACACUGUUCUGUAUUUCUGUGUGUGUUUGUGUGAAUGUAAGAGGGAGAGAGAGUGAGAGAGAGAGAGAGAGAGAGAGAGAGAGAGAGAGAGAGAGAGAGAGAGAAUCAUGUACAGUGAAAAAUAUCCUAUUAAAAAGA